AUGCAGCUGAAGAGGCAAGCACAAUCCACAGACAGCAACUGUAGCUACUCUCUAGAACAAGACGACCUCUAAGCUUAAAUCUUUCACAGAAAUGAUGUGCUGAUAUUGCAGAAGAGAUUACGGGAGCAAUGGAACACCAGAUAUUGAAAGCAUCUACCUGUCUGCUGGUUCUUCUGUUAUUCAUACCCACUGUUUUGGUUAUCUGUCCUUCUAACUGUACAUGCUCAGGAAACAACAGGAAUGUGGACUGUUCAGGCAGAAACUUAACUGUACUGCCACAUGGACUUCAAGACAACAUUACAUAUUUAAAUCUGUCCUUUAACCAGUUCGUAGAUCUUGAUCAUCAGCUGACAAGAUUCACCAACUUGAGGACCCUUGAUAUUUCAAAUAAUUGGCUCAAGAAUAUUCCUGCUCAUCUGCCCAAGUCCUUGUGGGAAUUAUAUGCCAUAAAUAACAACAUUAAAGUUCUUCAGAAACUUGACACAGCUUACCAGUGGAAUCUUAAAGUGCUUGAUGUUUCUAGGAACAUGGUGGAAAGAGCUGUUCUCAUCAACAACACACUGAGCAGUCUCAAGUUUCUCAACCUCAGUAGCAACAAACUUUGGACAGUUCCAACCAAUAUGCCCUACAACAUAGAGACAGUGGAUCUAUCCAGUAAUUUCUUGUCCCAGAUACUUCCAGGAACACUGGUGAGAUUACAGCACCUUACAAGCCUCUACCUACACAACAACAAGUUCACAUACAUUCCUGACAAAGCUUUUGACCAGCUCUUUCAGCUACAAGUAGUAACACUAUAUAACAACCCCUGGUCCUGCAGUGAUAAACAAAACAUCCCAUAUUUACUAAAAUGGGUGCAGGGAACCACCGCCAGCGUCAUAGGGGCUCCCUGUGCUAACGAAUCUGUGCUUUGGGUGAACGCCACGCCAGCUGCAGCUGCUCCCACAGUUCCAGCCACUAACCACACGAUUAAAGGAAUAAAGGCAGCAGACAAAGCUGCUUCUCCAGUGGCAACUGAACCAUCCCAAAUGACAAAAAUGCAUAAACAAUUUAAAGCUAAGGAAGUUACUACCUUGGCUACCUUAGGCCAAACUGUACUGUUUACGAGCACAGACCGGCCACUGCUCCUCUAUCCAGAAGACCUGACAACUAGGAAGGUUAGCUCUUACGAAGCAGCAGCCACACACACAAUCUACAUUAAAGAUUCAACUGACGUGAACUCAAGCCUGACCCAUCCAACGGGAUCAUCCACUACUCCCAUGACUCUAAGUAUCACCAGCGGAAUGCCAACAAACUACUCAAAAAUGCCUCAAAGCACAACUGCUACCUUAAGGAGAGAGGAAUCCACCACAAGUAUUUUAAACACUGAUGUGCCCUCCAAAGCAAGUAUCUGUGAGGUAUAUUGGUUUUACGCUGUAAUGCUUAAUGCAGUGGCAAUGUUUAUUGGCUAGGGGCUUGUAUUCUUGUGAGAAGUAUUGAGCUUAUUCCUGUGAUACAUAGCUGGAGGUAAGACAUCCAGGUCAAAUAAUUACUCAAAAUACAAAAAAUUU